GCAAUAUGUUUAAAUCUUUGUACUCUAAAAUAUCUAGCAUAAUCAACAAACAUAUACCAGUCCAACAACUAUCUAGGAGGGAAAUAAGGCUUAAAUCAAAACCACGGAUAUCUAAAGCUCUACGAAAGUCAAAAUUAAACCACUUUCUAAAAAUAAGCAAAAAACAAUAUUAUAAUGAAUAUUUUUUUCAAAACAUUAAGGAUGGCAGAAGGAUUUGGAAAGGCAUUAAGCAAAUAGUAAAAUUUAAGCCGCAAACUAGCCAAAGGCUCUUUAAGAUUGUAGAUAACAACUUAGAAAUAACUGAACCUAAACUUGUUGCCAAUGCAUUUAACAAUUAUUUUGCCAAUAUUGGUCAAAACCAAUAAAGUGAAAUACCAAGUGUAUCCAACAGCCUAAUGGAAUAUUUAAACAAUCCUGUAUGUAAUAGUCUCUAUAUUUUUCCCCUCACUUGUAGUGAAAUUGAAACUGAAAUAUCUAGGUUAAAAACUGGCAAGUCUGUAGGGCCAUUCAGCAUUCCAGUUGAUAUACUAAAAAUGCUAAAAGCCUAUGUAUCUAAACCUUUGGAGAUUGUUUUUAAUGCUUCUUUUUCAACUGGAGUUGUUCCCAGUGAUUUCAAAAUCGCAAACAUUGUACCUGUGUUCAGAAAAGGAUCACAGUCAUCCUUGUGCAAUUACCGUCCUAUCUCCCUCAUUUCUGUCUUUAGUAAGCUCUUAGAAAAACUUGUAUAUAAUAGACUAAUCAAAUUCUUAGAAAAAAACAAAGUCUUAUUUGAAAAUCAAUAUGGUUUCAGAACUAAGCACAGUACAGACCAUGCAAUUCUUUGCAUAAUUGACAAAAUUCAGAAAGCAAUUGAUGAUCGAAGCUAUUCCUGUGGUAUAUUCCUUGAUUUUACCAAAGCAUUUGACACCGUCAAUCAUCAAAUUUUGAUUAACAAACUAGAGUAUUACGGUAUUCGAGGUCUUGCUAAAGAUUGGUUUAUUUCCUACCUCAGUGACCGACAACAGUUGUUACUGUCAAUAAUGCAACAUCCACUAAAUGUAAUGUAAGUUGUGGAGUACCACAGGGAUAAGUACUUGGCCCUCUGUUGUUUUUACUAUAUGUAAAUGAAUUUCAUUGUUGCUCAGACAUCUUUGAAUUUCAUCUCUUCACAGAUGAUGCAAACUUGUUUUGUAAAAGCAAAAAUUUCUCUAUGCUAGAAUCAAAUGCUGAAUUAAAUAAUAUUCACAUAUGGCUCUGUUCUAAUAAGCUUUCACUCAAUGUAAAAAAGUCAAAUUUUGUAAUUUUUCAUGCACCCCAAAAGAAAUUAGAAUGUCAAAAUUCCAUGCUGGCUAUAAAUAAUAAGCAACUCAAGCGAGAAUUCUGUAUAAGGUAUCUGGGCAUCCUAAUUGAUUCACACUUGAAUUGGAAGCACCAUGUUGAAUGCAUUGUUAAGAAAAUUAGAAGAAGCAUUGGUAUCCUCUCUAAACUUCGUUAUUAUGUUGGCCUAGAUAUUUUAUUAAGGUUAUAUUAUGCACUUAUAUAUCCUUUUUUGACCUAUGGAAUAAUUAUCUGCGGAAAUGCCUAUAAGACCACUCUUCAACCAAUUUUCAUUUUACAAAAAAGAGCAAUGCGAUUAGUUACCUUUUCUAUAUUCAAUGAGCACUCUAGUCCUUUAUUUAAAUCUCUUGAAAUUAUAAAAUUCCUGGACCUAGUAACUUUUCAUUUAGCAAUCUUAA